AUGGCUGAGCAAAUUCUUGCGUAUUUCAAUGGCAAAUAUUUCGAAGAGAAGAAGAAACAUCGAGGUAUCCUGAACAGUGAGGGCCAGGUGGUGCAAGUGUGCAGCGAAGAGUAUCUCGUCACUCUUGGCCUUGAGGUCCUCCGCGCUAAGGCGUUUCCACUUGUGAAGCUCGUCCGUCCCCUCGAUGUGGAUGAGCAAAUCCGGCGUCUCAAGUUUUCGAGCAAAGAGGUUCUGAGACUUCUCCGCGCCCCCGACUUGUUUCCCUCCACGGGAAGUAGGGCUAGAUUCGCUGCAAUCCUAGCUCUGGAUGCCAAUCUGCAAUUCGUGCAGGCAGUGAAGGAGCUCUUGGUGCGGGAUAUAGCUAGAGACGUCAACUCUUAUUACCUUGCCUGCGCCCGGCCCAUGUAUCAGCAUGGCAGCAAGGGGUGGGAGAACUUCUUACUCAAUAUGGCACCUGGUACACCAAUCGGGUUCUCUCGUACGGAGACUAUACCAAAGUCUUCUUACCAAGUCAUUCCGAUUGGUGGAAUAAGAAUCCUCGGGGAUGCCCAACGUGAGGAAGAAGCGCUUGAAAAGUGGAUCUCAGAAACUCCUCUCCCUAUGAGCACGGCUCCGGCGGCGACAACGAAACUGCUUGACUUUGACAAUCCAGAUGAGCAAGAGCCAAAUCCGAGCUUAAUGCUCAGCCAACAAAGUUACAAUAUGACUUUUCGGCCGAAUCCAUACAGAGAGGACCCGACUCUCCGGUACGAUGUCUCAAGUCACGGCCCCGAGCGAUUGGAAGAUUAUGUCCCCACCAUCGGUCGUUUGGAAGCCAAUGUUAUGGGAGCCUUGCCAGCGCCUCAGAACCCUCCGAGGGUCUUUCCCGUGAUAUCCAUUCGAUCCUGGCAUCCACCCACCAAGUUCGAAGCACUGCGACUUCGGCGUCUCCACACAAUUAAUUGA